AUGGGUGCAUUCCCCCCUGAGCCAGCCAACUUGGAUUGGUCGACGGUGAAGCUCGCAAACCUGCCCGAGACCAACGGGCACGUCGAGGUGCACUAUUCAACAUCGGCGCAUACCUGGGGUCAACCGCAGCUCGUCCAAGACCCAUACAUGAGGGUGCAUGGGCUAGCUCCGGGCCUCAACUACGGACAGCAAUGCUACGAGGGACUGAAGGCGUUCCGGACCAACAACAAGGCACAUGCAAUCCACGUAUUCAGACCCCAGGCGCACGCUGCACGGCUCCGCAACUCGGCGGCCAUGGUGCUCCUUCCAGAAGUCCCCGACGAGCUCUUUCUCGAAUGUGUCCGAAUGGUUGUUGUGGCCAACGCCGAAUUCGUGCCGCCUGCAGAUAACGACACGGGCUUCCUAUACCUGCGCCCCGUCCUUUUCGGCGCAGGGCCGCAGCUUUUACUGCAGCCACCCGAACACGUCAUCUUGGCCGUCUAUGUAACACCAAUGUGCAGCCCCGUACACGGCACAUCGGAUGUAGACGCCCUCGUCCUGGACGAAUUCGACCGCGCUGCGCCCCGUGGUGUCGGCGCUGGCAAGUUGGGGGGGAACUACGCGCCAGUGUGGCCCUUUUCCGUAAAGGCCGCGGAAGCCGGGUUCGCCAUUACCUUGCAUCUAGACAGUGAGACACGGUCACUUGUACAAGAGUUCAGUACCAGCGGCUUUGUUGGUGUUGUCACCGCCGGUGGAAAGCGCGAGUUGUACGUACCUGAAACGGACAACGCCGUACGCAGCGUCACGAGCGACUCCCUCCUCGCUGUGGCCAAGGGGCAAGGGUGGCAAGUGUAUCGGGAAAAGCCAUUUAUCCCUCUAACAACGCAACAGGUUCCGUUCGCUGGGCUCAACCGCUUUUCUCAGGUCUUCGCGGUCGGCACUGGUGCAACUGCUGUUCCCGUGCGCUCAGUCACUCGUCCAGCAACCGGCGAGAAGUAUAACUUUAGCCCUGAGGGACCUGGCACAACCCUUGUGAAAAGGCUCCUGGAGGUUCAGCGAGGAUCGCAAAGUGCGGAGCCAGAUUGGUGCUGGACUGUACGUACGAACGAGGAGCUGUAG